AAAAAAAGAGGAAGACAUCCACGUAGCCUGUCUCGCAUUGUAAUGAUACGGCGGUGUAACGUCCUAAAUGUGAACGUUUGUACAAGAAAACGCUGCUUUGGAUAAAGCGGGUGACGGUGCUCAUAGUGGAGGGUUUACGCGGGUGAAGCCACGUCCGUCGCGGUCCUGUUCGCUAAAAAAUGGAGCUGGAAGACGGAGUUGUGUACCAGGACGACCCGGGGACAUCAGCGAUGAUGUCUGAGCGGGUGUCGGGCCUGGCCAACUCUAUCUACCGCGAGUUCGAGAGGCUUAUCGGCAAAUACGACGAGGACGUGGUGAAGGAGCUGAUGCCGCUGGUCGUGGCCGUGCUGGAGAACCUGGACUCGGUGUUCGCGGAGAACCAGGAGCACGAAGUGGAGCUGGAGCUGCUGAAGGAGGACAACGAGCAGCUCAUCACUCAGUACGAGCGGGAGAAAGCGCUGAGGAAGCACGCCGAGGAGAAGUUCAUUGAGUUUGAGGAUACUCAUGAACAGGAGAAAAAGGACCUGCAGAACCAUGUGGACAGAAUGGAGUCCCACUCCCGACAACUGGAGCUCAAGAUCAAGAACUAUGCAGACCAGAUCAGCAGGUUAGAAGAACGGGAGCUGGAUCUCAAGAAGGAAUACAACUCCCUCCAUCAGAGACACUCGGAGAUGAUCCAUAACUACAUGGAGCACGUCGAGAGGAUCAAAAUGCAGCAGAUCAGUGAGACGUCAGAGUUGAGCACAGUCGGCCGAGUCAGGAGAGAGCGGCCUGUUUCUUUGGGGAUUUUCCCCUCGUCUGGUGGGGCGUCUCUACUAAUCCCAGAUGCCCAGGCCAGAGCAGAAACACCGGGCACAGAGGCCUGGAGGUUCACCGACCCAUUACAGCCAAGGUCCAACACCAGCCUGAAGCAGUUGGACUUUGUCGACCCCCCGAGGGAAAGGGAGGGUAAGAGUGCGCAGGACUCUACUUGGGGGAAUUCACUGGCUGACGACUGCAAGGAUGAGUUGUCGGACUUCACUAACUCCAAAUCAGCCACACCAAUGUCCACCACUGUCUCAGACAUGGAGAAGGAAGACGGAAACAAUAAGAGCACUGAGGUGCAGGCUACACCAGGGACCAGAACCGUAUCAGUGGGUUUGCCUGAAAACAAGAGCAGUGCAGAUGUGCAGGACAUUAUCGAGUCCACUCCUGAGCUGGACAUGGAUCACGGUGGAUACAAACAACACUGCAGUACCCCAACUAAAGGCAUUGAGAAUAUGGCAUUUGACCGCAAUACAGACUCUUUGUUUGAGGAGCUGUCAUCUGCAGGCACCGGGCUUAUAGGGGAUGUGGAUGAAGGGGCCGACUUGCUGGUGGAGUACUCUGACCUUAGUUUGAUUGGUAUGGGUCGGGAAGUUGAAAAUCUAAUUCAGGAGAAUUCACAACUACUUGAAACGAAGAAUGCCUUGAAUGUGGUCAAUAAAGACUUGAUAUUGAAGGUGGAUGAGUUGUUGUGUGAGAAGGAGAUGUUGCAGGGAGAACUGGAGGCUAUACUGCAGGUCAGGGCCAAGCUGGAAGACAAGAGCAGAGAGCUGGAGGAGGAACUUAAAAAAGUGCGAUUGGAUAUGGAGGAAGUGAAACAGAAAACUAAAGAUGAAGAAGAUCCACAGAAUGACGUACCUACGGCCCAGAGGAAGCGUUUCACUAGGGUGGAAAUGGCCCGAGUGUUGAUGGAGAGAAACCAGUACAAAGAGAGACUGAUGGAGUUGCAGGAGGCUGUGCGGUGGACUGAGAUGAUCAGGGCCUCGAGGGAAAAUCCAACACUAACAGAAAAAAAGAAGUCCAGCAUCUGGCAGUUCGUUAGCUUCAGCAGACUGUUUAGCUCCUCCGCCAGUGGCCCUGCCGGAAAGAAAGUGGAGCCCCAGAAGUACAACUCUCCGGGCAGCCUGGUAAAGAGGAGUAGCACCUUCUCCCAGUUCCCCACAGAGAAGUCCAAGACCUUUGAUUUCCUCAAUGAAGAAAAGGACCAGUGCAGUUCUCCGUCACGUAAAGAGCAGAAAAGAGCCCAGUACAGACAGGUGAAGGCUCACAUGCAGAAGGAGGAUGGACGGGUCACUGCGCAUGGUUGGAGCCUGCCCAGCAAAUACAAGGUGGCAAAUGGUGGACAGGUGGAGAACAAAAUGAACUUACCUGUACCAGUGUACUUGAGACCUCUGGAUCAGACAGAUGCUUCUAUGAAGUUGUGGUGUGCUGCAGGGGUCAAUAUGUCAGGAGGAAGGAUUUUAGAGUUUAUUAAGCAGACGGAGGGUUCUCAGAGUAGCCUGGACCAGCUGGAGCAUGACAAUAAGGAUCAGGAGAAAGUGGACCAAGAGAAGGAGCUGAUUGUCCAGGAUGAAGUGUCCAGCAGGGUGUGGGUGUGCACUAGCACUCACUCCUCCACCAAGGUUUUGGUGCUGGACGUCACUCAGCCCUCUGACCUACUUGACAGCUUCUAUGCUUGCAACACACAUGUGGUCUGCAUUGCCAGUGUGCCAGGUGUACUGGAGACUGAUUAUCCUACUGGUGAGGAAGUACCCCAGGAUGUGGAUCACAGUCAAGGUGAUGGGGUGUCACUGGCCGGCAGCGUCGCCAGUAUGGGCUCUACAGGCAGCGAUGGCACCAUGGCAGCAGAGGGGACCACCGCCGUCCCUCAGACAGCCAGCUCCAAUGUCACGGACCAGCCAGCUGAGCACACUGCCAUCUCUGGCUUAGUGGAGCUGUCCAGAGAGACUAGUCCAUCAGAAGAUGGUGUUCUUCCUGCAGAAGAGGCAACAGAAGCAACAGAGGCUAACGCUGGUGUGGGUGAAGAAGGAGAGGAGGACCAAGGAGCAGAUCAAAACCAGCCGGGAAUCUACACGGAGCACGUGUUCACCGACCCGCUUGGGGUGGGACCCACUGACUCCUCACCUACUGACUCGCAAAGGGGUGCCGGGCAGGAUGGAGACUCGUCUUUGCCAAAAGACUCAGACCUGUUGGAGGGAGAAGCCCAGAGGAUGAGCAGUGCCCUCCCCACCAUGUGGCUGGGAGCUCAGAAUGGAUGUCUGUAUGUCCACUCGUCCGUGGCACGAUGGAGGAAGUGUCUCCACGCCAUCAAGCUGAAAGACUCGAUCCUCAGCAUUGUGCAUGUUAAAGGGAGAGUCCUUGUGGCGUUGGCUGAUGGAACGUUAGCUAUUUUCCACAGAAACAUUGGAGAUGGUCAGUGGGACCUGACCAACUACCACCUGUUGGACCUGGGUCGGCCCCACCACUCUAUCCGCUGUAUGACUGUAGUCCAUGACAAGGUGUGGUGCGGCUACAGGAACAAGAUCUAUGUCAUCCAGCCAAAGGCCAUGAGGAUAGAGAAGUCAUUUGAUGCCCAUCCUCGCAAAGAGAGCCAGGUGCGGCAGCUGGCCUGGGUAGGAGAUGGCAUCUGGGUGUCCAUCCGACUGGAUUCAACCUUGCGCUUAUUUCACGCGCACACCUACCAGCAUCUCCAGGACGUGGACAUUGAGCCCUAUGUUAGCAAAAUGCUUGGUACGGGAAAACUGGGCUUCUCAUUCGUGAGAAUCACCGCUCUCGUGGUGUCCUGCAGCCGUCUUUGGGUGGGGACAGGAAAUGGUGUCAUCAUCUCCAUCCCGCUGUCUGAAGCCAACAAGACAAUGGGGAUAGUGCCAAAUCGGCCCGGCAGUGCUGUACGGGUUUAUGGUGAUGCCGCUAGUGACUAUGCCAUGCCGGGUAUCUUUGUGCCAUACUGCUCCAUGGCCCACGCCCAGCUGUGUUUCCACGGACAUCGAGAUGCUGUCAAGUUUUUUGUCACUGUGCCAGGACAAGCAGUUCCUCCUGCCGGUACCACAGAUUCAGGCUCUGAUGACCCUGUGUCUGAGUCAUCUGACACGGCGACCUCUGACCCCAAGACAUAUCUGGUCAUGAGUGGAGGCGAAGGCUACAUCGACUUUCGGUUGGGUGAUGAAGGCGGUGAGUUGGACGGUUUAUCAGAGCCGACCGCCAGCCAGCAGUCGACGCCCACCAAAUCCGAGCGGAGCCACCUCAUCGUCUGGCAGGUCACAACUUGUAAUGAUUGAAAAAGGGAGACAAACUAUUGUGUCAGUGCCAGGAUCACCCUCCACCUCCUCCCGCAUGUCCUCCUCCUAAGUUUUUAAUUUGAUAUUACUGAUUGUUCUUAAUGCCUGAAUAGUUUGACCACUUUAUAAAAGAAAACUAUUAUUUUUAGUCCACGUUUUGUACAAUAUAUUCUUUAUGAAAUUGAGAUAAGUGAGGUUUAUGUCAUAGAAAACGUCCAUGGUCGAAUUGUGUCCUUUUGUCAGUCUGCAUGUCAGAAAAACAGGUGCAGAGAGGGGGAAAAAAAAGAAAAGGCCAAGUGAGUGAACGAGAAGUGUGAUUGUUUGUCUCCUGAAAGACAGAGAGGGAAAAAGCACUUAAAAUAGAAAAAAGAGGAGGAAGUUUGGAUUUGAGCUACAAAUAUUUUUAUGACACACGUAAGAGUCACAUUUGUAAAACGAUGCAUCUGUAUAUGUGCGAGUGCCUGGUGUCUGAAUGGAUUCACUGAUUUCCGUCCUGUGUUGGGCUUUUAAUUAUCUUUUUAUUGAGCUGGAGGUCAAAAAUAUGCUAGAUCAUAGUACACGCAGAACUUCUAAUGGUUGUUUUUAUAGGCUGAUUACUAUGCUGUCUGCUUGUUAGAGAAGCAAAUGCACGUACAAGAGGUAUGUGUAUAUAUAGAUGUAUACAUAUAUGUAUAUAUAUAUAUGU